AUGUCAGACGACGUGGUAGACGGUACGCUUGGGCCGCUACUCGGCGUUGAAGACUGGAUCGAAUUCUUACGACACAGAGGUGAGCUGAAUUAUCACUUCCAAAGUGGACAAUAUGCGGAAGAAGCGUCGCUUUUGUUAAAAGGGGUUAAUGGCGGUGUUGGGGCCGGUAAGGGCAAUGGCAGAAGGUCCAUCCGUAAAGGUCAACCACCUGCUCCUUCCGCCGACAUAUGCGAGGUACACAGAGAUGCAGAGAAAAACGCAACAGAAUACUCGGACAAUUUGAAUUCUGAUAACGUCGAUGAGUGUCCUUCAUCUAAUGAAAUAUGCCUCGAUCUACCGCUUCAUCCCUUAGCGGAGGGUGAUCGUCGACCUACUUUGGUCGAAGGUGAUGAAGAUGAUUCUGCAUUCAAAAACACGAAGUACAAUUCAUUAGAGAUUGGACUCGUCGAUUCAAAUGCGUCGCAAUCCGGAGCCCCAGAUGCUUCAUACGGGCUGCAGGGCCCCAAUAGUGAUAGCGGCAGAUCGAAUUCUGCUGCCACACCCGUUGCGGAGAUUGAUGAGAUGAACGCGCUGUAUCCUUGGGGCGCAUUAAAUCGCGAUGUUCUCAUUUCCGCACGAAAUAGUGGCCUUGAACCAACCACGCUGGGGCACGUCCUCAAGAGACGCAACAAACUUUGGGCAAAGACUCAAUGUAUCCACAAGAGUGCGAAGGCGGAUUUCGAAAAGCAUCUGCGCCUGUAUCAGCGGCAGUUUGAGACGUACAGCAAAUCUGGCGACGGGUGGGUAAACGUUAACGACGACCGGAAGACAGAUCCCAUAUUUUUGCGAGAAUCCACGUACUUGACAGGUGCCCGUAAUGUGCGAAAAGUGAUGCGACAGGUCUCCGCUGACAUGUCGAUGGGCGAUGCUGAUAGUUCAGAGGUGGUCAACGCAAAAGCCACCGGUGGUAGGUCGUCUCGUCAUAAAUGCAAUGCACUGAAGGGUGUAUACGACUGGAACAACGUGAUAUUUUGUCCCAACAUAUUUGAUUCUAGUGACCUUAUACACAGACACGGACGUCGCACAGUUCGUCUCUAUAAGAAUUUAUACGACUGCCUGGUCCAUGGAUGGGUGCAUCCAGGUUUGGUUGUAUGCGAGGUUAAGGAUGCAACGCAUCCUAUUCGUUUUGCAACACCGACGGAACAGGACUGCUACACCGUAGUGUACGCGGGUCCGAGAAUCCCUGAGCAUUCUACACAGCGUGUUGUAUUCGGGGAGUACACCGGUGUGAUCUACAGGGAAGGAUCCCUGUCAGACUCCGUUUUCGAGUAUGCAUUUGAACUAAACUUCGCACCAUGUGCUUGGAUAAAUGCGGAAAUUGAAAUUUCAGAAGACACAGCUGAAAUAGGACAAAACGGUGACUUGGUUUUGCUGCCCAGCAACGCAAAAUUCGUACUGGACAGCAGCCACGCGUGCAAUGAGCUGAGUUUGGUGAACCACUACCAGUCGGUAAAGGCGUACGGUGGUGAGAAGUGGGUCGCUCCGAACUGUGAGUGGCAGCAGGUCUUCCUUGACGGGUGGCCGCACGUGGUGCUCACGUCCAAGUUGGGUGUGGCCGUCAAUCCCGGUGACGAGCUAGUUGCUGAUUUCGGAGCGUUGUGGUUUUCUAAAGUUGAGGAGAACGCCCACAAGUUCAUUCGUAAUGAAAUCAUAGAGUAUCGUCUGGGAAGGGCGACCGGCCCCCCAACUCAAAAUCAAGUGGAAGUACCCCAACGCCCACUAUCCAGUAUUGACAUAGGUUUAGUUUCCAAUUCCAUCGCUACAUCAGUUCCAGUCUGUGUCAUAUGCCAUAAUAUUGGUGACGAUAACGGUGACCAUUCUAGUCCUGAUGAAUCUGAUUCGGUGUCAUGCGACGGAUGCGACCGCUUCUUCCACAUGACCUGCUUGCGUAACAUAAAUUUGGUUUCCGCCGUACAAAUGGUCAAGGACGGUAUAGGCCACGCAUGGUUGCCCUCAACAACGUGCAAGGGAAUUCCGCAAGGGUCAGGGAAGUUCUACUGCAAUUUUUGCCGACAUCUUGCGAAGAAGAUUUAUAUGCAUGACACUGGUUGCGACUACAUGCCGCUUUCCAGCGGUGUUAAUGUCAACACGCAGAAUGGGCUCACUGGCACGUUCGAUUCACAGAAUCAUUUACAAAGGGAUCACCAAGCGGAGAAUAGAGACGCAAAUCAUGCAGAUGAAACAACACGCAACACAAGUCUACCCACUGGAGAUGACGUUAUAUCUGAGAACAAUGGCAAUUCAAUGCACACCAUUGUGCCCGACAAAACGUAUCCAGUUCAGCAGGGCGAUAUUUUUCAGUUGUGUGAACGUCCAGAUGGUGGUGAAGUCGUUGAGAGUGCGGCAACAAACGAUGCGGUCAUCUGUCCAACACGUUUUCCUUCGAGUAAACUUCGCCCCGAAGAAGAAACAUACGUAUGUAAUUCAGGACCAAAGCUUUUGAUGCAGCCGCUCAAAACACCAUCAAUGCAUGAUUUCGCGAUUGCUAGUCAGUACAAGCUUCAGUUGCAAAGUGGCAAUAUACUUGGACAGAACAACAACAGAUUGCCUGUGAAAUCAACAGGAACUUAUGCAUCAGAUUUGCUUGGCGCAUCCGAAAAGCGGUUAGACACCGAUUGCAGCAGGCAGCGUCGUGUUUCGGGUGUCAGUGAGGGUGAUGCGAUGGGAUUAAAGAUAGCAGAAAAAUGCGCGGAUAGAACAUCGUCUUCAUUACAAGUUAAUAAACCAAGCCACUGCCCAACGUGUUUAAGGCAUUUCUCACCACCGGAAAAUAUGGGGAAAGCGGUGCAUGAAGGGCUUGACGCAUCUUCACAACCCGUACCACCCUUAUCAACAUCCAAAUGCGAAAAUGGCGAUGUUUCGCACCUGGAAGCGAAUCUUCAUUCUGGGAAUGUUUCCAGUGCGGGCGAUUUUUCAAACUUUGUUCCUCUGGUUGCUGGAGCAGCUGACAAAGAAGCCUUAUCGAACACUGGACCGGACGCUGCCCCUGACGCUUUGGAGCAGGAGAAACCACUUGAUACCGUAAUAUUGGACGCCGAACGUACAAACAAUGCGGCGCCUUCGCACGAUUCUAUAGGUUCAUUGCAUCCCAGUUGCGAUUCUGAAGCGCUGUCCUUUUCGCAGAUGGAGGGCCAUUCUGAAACAAUGAAGGCCUUCCAGACACCCACUGAUUACCCAAGUACGUCGGAUGUAAAUAUAUUCGCUGGUGGUAGUAUUUCAAACCAAAUGCAUUCGACAGCGAAUACAGGAAGCGAAGAAUAUCCACAUAACGCGCCAUCCACAAACGCAGGAAAGGAUCCAAAGGAUGAUAAAACAGAUGAAUCCGUUUUCAACUCAAAGAGCCCCGCUGGAUGCAAUGUCACAGCAUCUGGUGAUAAAGAUUCCGCGAGCACCAUGCCACUCCCUGGGGGGUCACCUGGCCGCGCUGAGACGCACAUAACAACGGCCAACAUCGACCGUGCAGUAUAUUUUUACAAGACUCUAGGGAAUCAGAUGAAGUUACCCCCGCUAACUGCGUUGUCUGAGUUUGACUGCUGUGCUCCGCAAGGUGACGAUACUACAAUGGCGGAUUAUCUUGGGUGCAAGUAUUUAGCUGGUAUGUGGCAGAUUGAACCAUUUGCGAUGUUUGGCGACAGCGUACGUGUCUGUGGCGAAUGUUACGAAAAGUACGGCUCGAAGGCAAAUGUUUACGUCUGUCGCUUACUCCGGCGCCACUUAUCUGGUAAUUACGACCAUCCGAUGAACACUACGCCAGCGCAGAUGCGCGAGCUUGUGUUAAUGGCCUACGAGCAGCACGUGCAGAUGUUGCUGAGGCUGUUGGUGCUUAAAAACGUCGCAAUCCAAUUCAUGUGCCGUUUGUGCUGUCAUUUUGUAAGUCGUCAACUGUUUCACCAAAAACAAGAUAUCUUCCCGCCCUUACCGUUCCCGUCGCAUUUCAUGGGAGAGGAUUCGGGUAAUCCUGAAGGUGUCCUGGCUGAUCCGUCAGGCUUGCUGAGUGGUGUAAGGACAUCUGGCGCUCGUGCUAUGAAAGCUAACCAAAAGAAGGUCUUGCAGUCGCACCUGAGUUCGUUCGUAACGUCUGUAAAGAAUGCGGUAUGUAAUUUACCGCUUAGCUCUAAAUCCGACCCCGCGCUGAAUUAUGAGCUGCUGAGUGCAAUGGGCGCGUUUAGUGAUGAAUUCUCUCGCCUGGCCAACUGCCAAAACAUUGUGGAAUACCUCAACGACCUCAUGUCUCACAAGGUCUUGGACGCCGAUAACACCCCCAGUCAACUACAGCAGAUGCUAACAAAGGACGAAUUGCGGCGUUUUUUUGCGUUCAGGCAUUUGGCCGAGCGCUCGCCUGGUCCGUUCGGUCCGUCGCAGUCGUCCCAAGUCCGUGUUCGUAAGCGAGACCGGGGUCCCACGUUUAUACCUUUGAUCGGCAUAGUGCCCGGCAGAUCUUUCAUCUAUCGGCAUUUCAAGGACGGUUAUUACCGAGGAUUGGUAACGGAGUACCUGGAGGAUUCGGUUCUAGGCAAGCAUUCGUUUUUGGUGGCAUACAGCGACGGCGACGACGAGACGUUGAGCCAGAAAGAUUUGAUCGGGGAAAUAGUGGACAAUUUGCACAACAUCGAAGGCGUGCUGACUAAUCUUUCGCAGAAUGACACGAGGAAUGAGGAAAUCCUGCUGAGGAUGCGUAGUUACGGUGACCAGAGCUUGGGCGCGUUGUGUUCCGAGUUACGGCGCGAGAUGCUGCAUAAUCUGAUGCUUCACCAGACGGCUGAUCCCUAUAAACGCUCGGAAUCGUCGAAGAAGCAUUCACCGGACUUAACGAAUGCUGCGUCCGAGACUGCAGCAGUAGACGUCGAUAGCUCAGUGACACAGCAUGGCAGUCCGCAGCCUGUAUACCCGACUCCCGCCGCUUCUGUGGAUGAAACCAAUGAGAUCACACCCCAGUGA